CUAGACUUUUUAGGGUUUGUGUUUUGGUUACAUUUGGGAACUGGAUGUAAACCAGUACGGCUGGUGGCUGUCCAGUGAUAUCAAGGGCAGAUCCAGCACUGAGUGAUGCGUAUUCUUAGAUUUUGCUGUCUACUUUUUCUUUCAAUUUCAUUGUACUUUUGAUUUUUGCUAUAUGUGUGUGUGUGUGUGUGUUUUAUUUUUUAUUUUUUUUAAAGCUUGGUUAGAAUUGCCUAUUAUUACCUGAACUUCUCUGCUUUUCUUCAACCUCGGCUCUAUUUACACCUUGUUCAAAUUCUCUUUGCUAAUCUUAGAUCUUGUUCUUUUGAUUUAUGGAUUCAUAUGCUGGAUCUAUAUAAAUCAUAUUUUAAUUAAUGGAUAUUUUAUUAGAUCUGUAUUAUUUUUUAUACAUUUUUACUGUAUUCUUAAUUUUAAAGCUUUGGCUAUCUAUGUCUUUGCGAUUUGUGUUUAUUUUGUUCAAAUUCAAAUUUUUUCUUGAAUCUUGGAACGUUUUGGAUAUCCCGUUUGUAACACAAAUCGGAUCCAAUGGAUCCUUUAAUAUAAAUUUGAAACCAACCACAUCUCUGCAUCUCUAUCCUCUCAAAACGAGAAACUUCUUGGAGAUUACUUAGAAGCGGUGGGAAAUUCAAAUGGAGAUGAACAAGAAAAGCUGAAUUUUAAAUUGAAGAUGACCUACCUACACAAAAGGCCUUCACAAUAAAACUCCAUUAAAAGAAAGGCUGCACGUGCUUGAAGGAUGUGUGGGCUUUGAGGCUCCUGUUGUACAAGAAGCUGUCAAUGGCAUCAACCCGAUUCUACUGUGGUCAAGCUUCAGAACCUCCAAAGCAGCAGUCACUCAAAGAAAGGUUUACUUGUUAUUGUAAGAAAUUAGACGAUGAUGUAUCUCAUCGUCUAAUUAAAUAUUUGGACAAACUCGAAGGUGGAAGCCUUGCAGUGAUGCUGAAGGCUGAAAGGCUUAUUUUGCAAAGCAAGGCUGCCAUUAUUGAUGCUGCGAAACACGAGUUAUCCAGCGGAUUCAGGCCAAUCGGGCUUGUUUUGGGAGGUGUGGUCGGGAUUGAUGCUUACCUGAGUAGUCGACGAUUGGAAACAAAGGUGGCUGAUCUGCAUGUGCUUGUGGAACGGUUGUCGAACAGUGUGAUUAAUGAGCACUCUUCUCUUGGAGAAGAAAUAGCAAAGCUUACCGUGGAAGUUUCGAAGCUUUCUACGCUCAUCUCCAAGGAGCCACCUAAUCCAGAAGUGGAGAGGAAAAUGGAUGCAGUUUUGGCAGCGACUGAGAAACUAGUUUCCGAGUAUGUGAAGAAAAGUGAACAGAAGAAGAAAUAUGGUGGCUUGCAGAAGACCAUGCGUGGUUUUGUCACCUGGUUAUUUGAUGUUGAUGACUAGGUGGCAACCAUAGCAGGAGUAAUUUAUGUAAAUUGUGUGGCCUUUGUGCCUCCCUAGGUCUUUCUUAUAUGCUAUUUUAAAUUUUAAUCAGGAUGUUUUUCUUAUAUGUAAUUAAAUUUUGAUUAGGAAUUAAAUUUUUUUUUUUUAUAUGUCAUUGAAUUUUGAUUGAAUGGGAAUUUUCAAAUGAAAAUUUUUGUGAAUGAUUACAUACACUUGCAAGUUUAUAGUUAAUGAAAUUUUAGUUAGUAUUCA